GGUUUAACAAAGCCCUAAACCAGUAAACCACCAUCAACGGCACCAUAUCCUUCCCGACCGGGAAUUGCAAAAUUGAUUGCUGUCUUCAGAGAAGGAAAAAAAAAAUGAUCAGAGGCGGUAGAAGCUACGUAUCAUCACCUCCGGCUUUCUCCAACGACGUCAAGAGACUUCUCGUUUGUACCGGCAAUGCCGUCUCCAUCUUCAGCACCUCUACUGGCUUACAGAUUGCGUCCCUGGAAGGUCACACAGACCUUGUCACAACUGUGAUAGUCGUGCCGGCGACAAGUCAAGCGACUCGGAGAUUGUGUUACUGCUGGACGGCCUCGCUCGACGGGACCAUUCUGUAUUGGGAUUUUUCCGUGCCGGAGGUGGUGAAGAAAGUCGAUAUCCGGUUCCCUAUUCACUCCAUGGUAAUUCCAUCUAUACUAGGCCAACCAGCUGAAAGCAAUAAGAAGGAACCUAAGCUUUUCGCUUAUGUCUCUAUUGAAGAUGCAAGAAAGCUAGCAGAUGGUUCCACAGCUUUACAUGGACAUAUUAAGAAGUGUAACUUAACUGACUCACGUCUGGGAAUAACUUUGGCAGAGACAAAUAGGCCAGAGUUUAUCACUAUUAGUUCUAUGGGAAAGUUCUUUGGUAUUCGAGACAAGCGCAAAAUUCGUAUAUGGAAAGUCCCAGCACUGGAUGCUGCAAGUGUGGAGAUUAAGAAAAUGACACUACAUCAUACAAAGAAAAUGACGGUUCUUACAUUUCAUCCUACUCAGAAUAUUAUAGCUGCAGGUGAUGUGUCGGGGAGAAUUUUAAUUUGGAGGGGCUUUGGUAAUACAACUUUUGCUCUUGGCAAUGGUAUGGUGGAUGGAAGUUCAAUAAAUAACACUGAAGAACGACCUGGGGUGAGGGGGAAUGAUGAUGCUGAUUCCUGCUCAACAUGGCAUUGGCACCCUUCUGAAGUUACUGUAUUGUCUUUUUCCUCUGAUGGGGCAUAUUUGUAUUCAGGUGGAAAGGAAGGAGUUCUUGUUGUCUGGCAGAUGGACACUGGAAAAAAGAAAUUUUUACCUAGAAUCGGUUCUCCCCUUCUAUAUUUUACAGCUUCCUCAGAUCCAACACAUUGCUCUAUAUCUUGUGCAGAUAAUCAAAUCCAUCUUGUAAAGACACCCUUAAUGGAAAUUAUCAGGUCCAUUUCCGGGAUUAAGCUUCCUUGGUCAUCCCCAGAGUUAUAUAGCAAUGUUUAUAAUAAAGUCAGCUUCAAUCAAAAUGAUGGUCUAGUUGCCUUACCUACAGAGAGAUAUUGUAUCCAGCUUUACAGCCUAUAUGAUGACCGUGAAAUAUCUGAGGUUCAAGUUUGCGAGAGAAACCAUCAACCAGGUGAUGAUGUCACGGUAGUAGUCACUUUAGUAUCUCUUUCCCCAGAUGGCUCUAUGAUGAGUACUGCUGAAGUAAAACUCGCUGAAGAGGGCCUAGGAGGGAUUGUUUGUCUUAAGUUUUGGUCUUCUGAAGAACAGAAUAAAGAUUUCAGCUUAACCACCAUUGUUUAUGAACCUCACAGGGACGCAGGCAUUUCUGCUGUUGCUUUCCACCCUACCAAGCAUAUGGCUGUUAGCUCAUCAUAUGGUGGGGACUUCAAGGUUUGGGUUUGCAGAGAUGGGAUUCGGCAGGGGAAUGAGAUACUUCAGAACUCCAGCUGGACUUGUCAUGCCGUUGGGUCGUAUAAGAAAAAGCCAAUGACAGCAGUGGCAUUUUCUGGCGAUGGUUCUGUUCUGGCUGUUGCUGCGGAAACUGUGAUUACGUUGUGGGACCCAGACAAGAAUGUUAUUGUGGCCGUAAUGGGCGAGGCUAUCAUGCCAAUUGUGAACCUCUCUUUCGUUGGUAAUUCAGAGUAUCUUGUUGCUGCAUCUUGGGGUUCUUCUAAACCGCAACUAUCUGUUUGGAGUAUGUCAAAGCUGUCAGUGUCUUGGUCAUACAAGCUUCAUGUUGAAGCUCUAGCAUGUGCCACGGAUUCGUCUUCUUUUGCUGCUCUUGCCCUUUGUCCUGAACCAAAGAAAGACGCCCAAUCUGAUAAUUCUAUGGUUCAAGGAGGUGAUGGAUUAAUCUUAUUAUUCAAUGCAGUGGAUCCCAUUCCUGUGGCCACCUGGUCUGUAAGAAAGGCCAAAGGAGGAGCUCUUUCUUUCAUUCAAAUGACUAAAUCCUCUGCGGAAGAGAAAUCAUCAGAUGGGAAAGCCACUCAAGUAAUGCUUGCAUAUGUAACAAGCGAUCAUGAGUAUGUUCUCUUUGACCCGUAUGACACAGAAGCACAUGGACUUGGCAUGAUCCACAGGGAUGGUGUUGCUGCCUCUGAGGAAAAUAGAAAUUUUGGGUAUGCAUCCAUCUACGGGGAGCUCCCAGAAUUUGAUGUGAAGAGCAAGCAAAAAUUUUCAGUUCCCUCUGUACCAUCGGAGAGACCUUGGGAAACCAUAUUCAGUGGAUCCUCACAUGCCCUUCCACCGCUUAAGAAAUUGUGUUCACCAUUUCUAGAAUCAUUGAUGGAGAAAAGAAAAGCUGUUAUAGAGUGAAUCCGGGGAAUGCUAUAGGCAAGUGUUCUUUUCUCAACUUAGUUUCGCCAGAUUUCAGAGAACAAGACCAUGUUUCUUACUCAGGCUCGAGGCAAGGAUGCUGCAUGAAUAUGCGAGCAGUUUGAUGGUAAACAUCAGAAACUAUUGUCGGUUCGCGGAGAAAGAAAUAUAAUAUCUCUCAUUUAGAAGUGAUGAUGUUUUAAGGUUUGUUGUCCAUGGGCAAAUGAGAGAUUCGUUUUUCACACUUAAGAGCUAAUGCUGUAGGAAUAUUACCUUCAUAGCAGAGAAUUUUGUAACGGCACUUGGAAAAUUUUGCAUGUUAUGAAAGUCGAGUAUUAAUAUU